AUGUCAAAGCCCGAGCCCAUAGCGAUUUGCGGCAUUGGUCUGCGGUUACCUGGCGGCAUCAAUACCCCAACUUCACUGUACAAUUUCCUCAUCAACCGCAAAGAUGCGCGCUCCAAACCAGAUCGUCCGCGAUACCACUCGCAAGACCACCACUUCACAGCGAGCGGCAAAUCAGGACCUUUACCGACAGAGGAAGGAUACUGGCUCUCACACGACGAUGUAUUCAAAUUCGACCCGUCAAUGUUUUCUAUGAACCCCAAGGAGUUGCUGAAACUAGACCCUCAGCAGCGGCUGCUUCUGCAAGUCGUCUGGGAGGCGCUGGAGAGUGCUGCAGAAACAGAUUGGCAAGGGCAGAGGAUUGGGUGUUACGUGGGCAGUUUUGGAGAUGACUGGCGAGAAAUGCACGCCAUUGAUGCUCAAGACGAUGGCAUCAUGACCGUCCGCACAGCAUGCUCAGCUGCCGGUCUAGCAGUCCACCUAGCCUGCCAGGCAAUACGUGCCGGCGAAUGCGAUUCCGCGAUCGUUGCCGGGGCGAAUUUGAUACUCUCGCCAGGCUUCACCAAGCUCAUGGCCGAGCAGAGCGUACUUUCGCCCGAUGCUUCGUGCAUGACGUUCGACGCCAGUGCGAAUGGCUAUGCCCGUGCAGAAGCCAUCAAUUGCCUCUACAUCAAAAAGCUCGACUGCGCGAUCCGCGACGGGAAUCCGAUUCGUGCUAUUAUUAGAGGGUCAGCAACGAACUCUGACGGGAGGACCCUUGGCUUGACAACACCCAGUGCACAGGCACAGCAGCAAUUGAUUCGUGAUGCAUAUCGACACGCCGGUAUACCAGAAAAUCAGAUGUGGCAGACUGCCAUGGUCGAAUGCCACGGCACCGGCACGGCUGUGGGCGAUACCAUUGAGGCGUGCACCGUUGGCGCUCUAUUCGGAGACAAGGGGAUGCUUAUUGGAUCAAUCAAGCCCAACCUAGGUCAUUCAGAAGCAGCUUCGGCAAUUUCAAGCAUAAUUAAGGCAGUAGUGUCUUUGGAAACGAGAACAAUCAUGCCCAACAUUAAAUUCGAUACUCCUAGUGUCAGCAAAUCUGCUGCAACAGUAGGAAGUUCGGCAACGGUUCGAAGCCAUGGCAAUGUCGAGACGCCACCUCCUUCACCACCUCUGAGGAGAGAGCCAGCGACUCUGCUACUAUUCUCCGCGGGGCACGAGAAGUCACUCAAGAGGACCGCACACGACUACCAGGAGUUCCUCCGAGCCAGGCCUGCAAAGUUGGAAGAUCUUUCAUACACGUUGAUGCAUCGUCGCUCUCACCUAUCGCAUCGCACUUUUGCGGUCGUCACCGAUGACUGCGACCAAUUGGCUUUCACCCUUCCCCCCGUGCCUAGUUUCCGCCCAGGCUCACAAAUUGAGGGGAUUGCUUUCAUUUUCACCGGCCAAGGCGCUCAAUGGGCCCGGAUGGGAUCGCAUCUAAUGAAAGGUAGUAGAGACUUCCUGCAGGAUAUCAGGGAAAUGGACGCGGUCUUGAAGAGUCUUCCGCGAGAGCACCGUCCAAGUUGGGAUAUCAGAAAUGAGCUCAUGAAAUUGGAGUCUACCUCCCGCCUCGGGGAAGCGGAAUUCGCCCAGCCCAUUUGCACUGCAAUCCAGAUUGCCCUGACCAGGCACCUUGCUAGAUAUGGAAUCGCCCCUAAGGCUGUCGUUGGUCAUUCCAGCGGUGAAAUUGCAGCUGCGUACGCGGCCGGUGUCCUCACCCUGAAGGAAGCGAUUAUUGUCGCCUACUACCGAGGGUUCAUGGUCAAGGAAUCCAAAGUUCAAGGUUCUAUGGCUGCCAUUGGACUUGGAAGAGAGCAAGUCACGUCAUUCUUGACGACUCGAGUCGUCAUCGCUUAUCACAUGCGUGCAGUUGGCAUCGGGUAUCAAUCCCUUCUCAAGACAUACUUGAGGCCCAAAUCGCCAAAAGUGCCUUUCUACUCCAGCGUCUCAUCCCAAACACUCGAACGAGCCUCCGACUUUGGCGCCGAGUAUUGGCAGCGAAACUUGGAAUCACCAGUUCUCUUCCGACAGGCUGUGGUACGACUUCUCCAAACUUCGUCAACCACAUUACAUCUAGAAGUCGGCCCACACUCAGCGCUGGCCGGUCCCUUAAAGCAGAUUUACACGGAGAUGGCCAUCACUCCGUCUUACUUAGCCGUGCAAAAACGAGGCUCAAAUAGCGCAGCAGCCUUCCUUGCUGCCAUCGGCGAGAUGCACUGCCGAGGCGUCCCCGUCAAAUUUCCUUUACCUGAUGGGGCGCGGCCGUUGACAGACCUGCCACCGUACCCGUGGCAUUUGAGCAGGACCUUCUGGCCGGACUCACGGGUUACCCAGUCCUGGCAGUAUCCCGAACACUCGCCACACGAGCUGCUCGGAUCACGCUCUUUAGAUAGUACAAGUACAGCCCCGAGUUGGAGAUGUCUUCUGUCACUGGACAACGUUCCUUGGAUUGCGGACCAUUGCGUCGGCUCGGAUGUUGUUUUCCCAGCUGCCGGGUACAUCGUGAUGGCUGGUGAGGUCGUCCGGCAGCUUUCUGGGCAGGCGCCCUACACCAUUCGUGACUUACGAAUCGCCAAUGCUCUUGUUCUUCCUCGGGGGAACAAGAUCGAGCUUUUCACUUCUGUGAGAAAAGAAGAGCUCACCCGUGAGGAGACUUCGGAGUGGUGGGAGCUCAUUAUCCAAAGUCGUACUCCAGCCGGCACAUGGACAACGCACUGCAGAUGUCGUGUCAGAGAUGGUCGCGUCUCUAAGGAACCGGGUUUCCCCGGACUUGAUCCAAAGUCUUUCCUCCGUUCUGUUGAGCCUGCACAAUGGUACAAAGCCAUGUCACGGGUGGGUUACAGAUAUGGCCCAAAAUUCCGAGGCAUGAGGAAGGUUCGCGCCAGCGUCAAGUCGCCAGCUGUAUCGGUCGAAGUUUCUGAUGAACGAGAAACGCCAGAGCAUCAUUACGGCUAUGUCCUACACCCAGUCACGAUUGAUCUGAUGCUUCAGUCCCUCAUCGUCGCGAACCACUCCGGGGAACCUCGCUUACUUCAAAGGCUGUAUCUGCCGACUCAUAUUGAUGAGCUAUUCGUCAGUUCGGAGGCCUCAAAGGUGGGCCUUCUGCUCCAGAGCGUCAAGUCUGGUAGUGAGGGAGACUUCCAGGGGGAUUGCUCUGGCAAAUUGCGCGAUAGUCCCGGAGAUGAACCAGUCGUCUUCAUGAAAGGUCUCCGACUCUCUCCGAUUGACCUGGACCAUGCUACUGCAGGUGCCACGGAUAGUUCAAAGGUUGCAGUCAUGUCUUGGGAACAAGAUAUUAGUCUGGCGCAUGCCACUGACUUGGUGUCAGCGGCAUCCGACUCCUCAUUCCCAGAGACACAUCAGCUACUCGAAGAGCUUUUUGUUCUUUGCGGCGCAUUGGUACUCAAGGAGGUAGACGAAGCAGACAUACCGAUCACCGAGGCCCAAACACAUUUAGCAAAGCACUACAGCUGGCUCCGAACCCAGAUCACUAAAUGUGACCCACAGCUGCUUCAAAAAGAUACUAUAGAGAUUCGUGCGAAAAUCGAAGACAUCACCUCGAAGCUUGAGAAGACAACUGCAUCUGCUGUGGGCGUUCUUAUCAAACGUUGCUAUACACAUGCCCAAGCACUCUUCGACGGCAAAGGUAGCCCGCUCGAGGUUUUCCUGAAAAGCAACGCCCUCCACGAACUCUAUGACUGGAUGAACACCCUCUUUACCUAUAAGCCUCUGUUACGACAUUUGUCUCACAAACGAGGUCGCCAUCUCAAAAUUCUCGAGAUCGGCGCCGGAACUGGGGGGUUGACUUCCCGCAUUCUCAAAGAUUUGGCGGACUGCUCUGAAGAUGGCAAAGUCCUCGGGACCUAUGUCUUCACUGAUGUCUCUGCUGGGUUCUUCCCGGCAGCGAAGGAGCGUUUCCGUGACGUUAGUCCCGGGUUCCUGGACUAUCGCGUCUUGGAUAUCAGUCGCGAUCCAGCUGAUCAGGGGUUCAGCGGUGAAGAGUACGACCUCAUCGUUGCAAGCAAUGUGCUCCAUGCUACUCCGAAGCUGAACGAGACCUUGCAGCAUGUCAGGUCAUUGUUGAAGCCUGACGGAACACUCUUGAUGCAUGAGCUGUGCUGCAACACAAAAUGGAUUAAUUUCAUCAUGGGUUACCUUUCGGGAUGGUGGCUCGGCGACUCUGACAACCGCCCAGAGGAGCCUUACAUUUCUCCAGAGCAGUGGGAGGAGCGUCUACUCCAAGCUGGCUUCUCAUCCCCGGAAGUUGUCUACGAUGCCGGGCCACAAUACAAGCUUAACGCCACGAUCAUUGCUCGUUCUGCUGCGCCGAACGAAGGUGUCAGUCUCACUUCACAGCAAAUAACCUUGCUGUGCGAAGAGGAGUCACACCCAGUGGUAGCUGAAAUUGAACAAACCUUGCGGCGUCUAGGUCACUCUAUCACCAUUUCAAAUCCUAGUUAUGACGGCUCACCUGCUAGCAGCAUCGUGGUAUCCGUUAUUGAUCUGUGCCGCGGCGACGGCUAUUUCCACGACAUGACAAAAGUCAAGCUAGAUAACCUCAAGAGCCUACUGAAGACUCUCCGAGACACCAACUCGAGCCUACUCUGGCUUUCACGACCCUGCCAGCUCGGGUCGGUCGAUCCGACCUUCGCUCCAGUGCUCGGCAUCGCGAGAACAGCAAGAGUUGAGGUUGGAGUACAUUUUGCCACUAUGGAGCUUGACAGCAUUACUGCAGAUUCUCUAAAGGCUGUCUCCCAGGUCGCAAGCCGACUUUGCUCUCAACACGGGACCUUGAUUCCGAAUAUGGGUGAAGAUAUGGAGUUCUCCUACUCUACGGGUCGCAUCCUGAUUCCGCGAUGCAAGUGGGCUCCAAUCUCUCGCGCUCUUGCGUCCCAAACUUCAAUCUCUUCAACAAAGAUGCUGCAGGUCUCGAGGCCUGGGGCCCUACAGACUCUAAAAUGGGUUUCUCGUCAAUUGCCCGACGAUAUACCGUCCGACCACGUCAAGGUUGAUGUCCACGCAGCAGGUCUCAACUUCAAAGACGUCGUCACUGCAAUGGGCCUGAUCAAGCCUUCGGCUCCAAGAGGACUCGGAUGUGAAGCCAGCGGUAUCGUGACGGCCAUAGGAGGUUCUGUGACGAACGCUCGGGUUGGUGAUCGCGUCAUGGUUUUCGCGCCCGAGGCGGCCUGCUUCUCUACGGAGAUACUGGUCCCAGCACAGCUUUGCAUCCGCAUUCCCGAUACACUUGCCUUUGCUGACGCGGCUGGAAUGCCCUGCAUUUUCACCACGGUUCUUCGAGCCCUUGUAGAUAAAGCCGGCCUUAGGGCUGGUCAAACUGUGCUCAUCCACAGCGCCGCUGGUGGUGUUGGCAUUGCGGCCGUGCAAGUAGCUCGAUGGAUUGGGGCCAGAGUUUACGUAACUGUGGGCAGCGACGAGAAGGCAGAUUUCCUUGUCAGAGAGUGGGGUGUUCCUACAGAACAGAUUUUCUCAUCUCGAGACUUCAGUUUUGUGGAGGGUGUGAAAGCAGCGACAGGUGGUCUCGGUGUUGACGUCGUGUUGAACUCUCUGUCUGGAGAGCUUUUACAUGCAUCAUGGGAUUGUGUCGCCCCUCAUGGCACCUUCAUCGAGCUAGGGAAGAAAGAUACCUUAGCGGGCGGUAAACUUGCUAUGGCAGCUUUCGAUGGGAAUCGGUCCUUCAUUGGCGUCGAGAUGGCGAACUUGGCUGCUGAGAACCCUGCCAUCAUCUCCCGCUUGCUACAGAAAUGUGUGGACUUGUAUCAGCAAGGUUACAUCCAUCCCGUGAAGCCUGCAAAGGCAUUCACGUGCAGUAAGACUGAAGAUGCCUUCCGAUACUUGUAUCAGGGUACCCACAUUGGAAAGGUGGCCGUCGACAUGACCGAGAAAGAUGACGCGGCAUUGAAGGUAUCUCAAGUGCCUUUGCCUCCCAGCUUCCGUGAGCAAGCUACCUAUGUACUUGCCGGCGGCAUGGGUGGUCUGGGAGCAACGAUAGCGCGAUGGAUGGCCUCCCACGGUGCCAAAAGUCUGCUUUUCAUCUCGAGGUCCGCAGGACGCAGUAACGACGAUCAAGCUCUGCUUUCAGAACUUCGUUAUGCAGGUUGCGAGGUCAAUGCCAUACCAUGCGAUAUAGCGGACGAGACGUCCAUGCAAGCGGUCAUUUCGAGACAUGCUUCAUCCAAACGGAUCGCGGGCGUACUAAAUCUAGCAAUGGUGCUUGCCGAUGGUGCAGUCUCUGACCUUACACUGUCACAGUGGCAAACGGCGACAUCGCCCAAGAUACGCGGGACAUGGAACCUUCACCGCACGCUGCCUCGUGACAUUGACUUCUUCGUGCUCUUUGGUAGCACGUCUGGUGUGCAUGGGUAUCCAGGUCAAGCAAACUACGCUGCUGCCAACACCUUCCUCGAUGCGUUUUCCCAGUAUCGCCGGGGUCUGGGUCUGCCUUGUUCAGUGAUUCACCUAGGAGGCGUCGAGGAUGUGGGCUAUGUCAGUCGUACACGAGACGUUGAAGACGCCAUGACGAGAUCUGGAUCCAAACUUGUUUCCGAAGCCGACAUGCUACGAGGUCUUCAGCUCGCCAUCGCUGAAAGUCGACCAGUGGCCACGAGCGCAAACACUGGAGCACACUGGUCAGCCUCCAAUGGGCAACUGAUACUUGGUCUUGACUGCAGCACGUCUAUCAACGAUCCUGGUAAUCGAGUUGCGUGGAAGCACGAUCCUCGCAUGAACCUUUACCCAGAUAUUGCGGAGAAUGAGGUGGCCUCUCGGAAAGAGGCUGGGUCAUCCGGCUUAGCCGAAUUUCUAUCAAGUCUGCAGUCGCGACCGGAAGAGAUUGAAACGCCGGCGUCAACAACAUAUCUCGCGCAAGAAAUCGCACGCCGGAUAUUUGGGUUUCUCAUGCGGGAGGUGGAUGGAGGCGGGGUUGACAUUACUCUGUCACCUUCAGCGCUUGGAGUCGACUCUCUCAUGACCAUUGAGAUUCGUAAUUGGUGGAAACACACUCUUGGUGUAGAAAUAACGGAGUAUGGGGCCGAUAUGAUCGGAGCCAUGUUCCGAGGUGGGGUCUUCACCGAGUCGACAUAUUCGGUCAGCUCCAUGCGGAGGGAUGACUCAGCUCGGUCAGGAGCCUUCCGCCUGUUCGCCAGGCCGCGGGCUGCGGCGCAGAUUCGAGCUUUCCGACCGUUGAACUUUUCGACGACCGCGUCUGUUCGAGCUGCCGAGAUUCGCGAUGUCUCCUCUCUCCCGCCUAGAGUUAUUCCGAAAUACCGCGACCCUCCGAACUCGACCUCUGGCUUGCUAUCUCUACACUGGCCGACGCCUCCGAGGAAUAUCCUCUUGAUGCCGAAGCUGCGAUCCCCUCAAGUCCUACGAGCGACCAUCGACUUUGCGAAGCACCUACAAAGUACAUAUUCUGGUCUGAACCUAAUAUUUGAGCCGAGAGUCGCUCAGAUGGUGCACGAGUCCUUUAACUUCCCCAUCUACACAUGCGACCCAUCUGCAUUCCCGGACAGAAUCGACAUGAUCACGACGCUUGGAGGCGACGGAACCAUUUUGCGCGCUGCAAGCCAUUUCAGCAUGUACCAAGCCGUGCCCCCCAUUCUCGCAUUCAACUUUGGUACAAUAGGGUUCCUGGCAGAGUGGAAGUUUGAGGAAUACAAAAGGGCCUGGAGAGAGGCUUACAUGAGUGGGAGUGGCGUCGCCGUGGAUGAUCUAUUGACGCCACACACGAGAGUCGCAAGCGGAGAGAAGGAACACGACGUCAAGGAUGGGGCUCAGUCUGGAUGGCAUGCGUCUCCUGGCAAGAGCAUGGGACAGAGUCGGGCAGCCAAAAUCUUGCUGAGACACCGACUACGCGUCGGCGUAUACGACAACAAUGGCCAGAACAUCAGCAGCCAAUUACUCCCAACGACGAAGUCACAAGCACACCUACCAGCCGAACACCCCGAGGACACAAUACUUUCGAAACGUGACAUUCCUCAACCGAUCCAUGCUCUUAACGAACUCCUCAUUCACCGCGGGCCAAAGCCUCACCUUGCCCACAUUGACAUUUACCUUAACAACCGAUUCCUGACGGAAGCUGUCGCAGAUGGCAUACUACUGAGCACCCCUACGGGCUCUACUGCUUAUAGCCUGAGCGCCGGCGGUUCCAUCAUACACCCCCUCGUGAAAUCGCUCCUCAUUACACCAAUCUGCCCACGAAGUUUAAGCUUCCGACCCUUGGUCCUCCCCCUUAAUACCAAGGUCACACUCAAAGUCAGCAGCAAGAACCGCGAUGGCGAGCUCGAGGUCAGUAUCGACGGCAAGCGAAGUGCCGGCGCAGGUAUCGGCACUGAAAUCCGCGUCGAAGGAGAGAUGGUCGGCGAGUCCAGCAACGGUGACUGGAAGGGAGGUGUGCCGUGUGUCAUCUGCGGACCAGGCAAGGGCGACGCGUCGGACUAUGACGACGAUGGCUGGGUUGGGGGUCUGAAUGGCCUCCUCAUGUUCAACUACCCCAUCGGGAGGUGA